CGCCGGACUGCAACUCCCAGCGGCCCCCGCGGCUUCCGGUUGGCAAGAUGGUGGCGCGCAGGAGGAAACGUGGGUCGCGGGAUCCGGAGCAGGGGAUUCUGAGCCCGCCGGGUUACUCAGCCAUCCCGAUCAAGUUCUCGGAAAAGCAGCAGGCUUCUCACUACCUCUAUGUGAGAGAGCACAGAGUUCGAGAAGGCACCAAGUCUUCCUGGCCUCAGAAGCGGACCCUUUUUGUCCUCAAUGUGCCCCCAUACUGCACAGAGGAGUGCCUGUCCCGCCUCUUCUCCCCCUGCGGCCCCGUCCAGUCCGUGCAGUUGCAGGAGAAGCCAGACCUCACUGACAGCGCAGAGGAGCCAAAGUCAAAGUUUUUUCACCCCACGCCCGUUCUGGGCUUCCAGGUGGCCUACGUGGUGUUCCAGAAGCCAGGCGGGGUGUCUGCUGCCUUAGUCCUCAAGGGCCCUUUACUGGCCUCGACAGAGAGUCACCCUGUGAAGAGCGGCAUCCACAAGUGGAUCAGCAGCUACGCAGACUCGGUGCCAGACCCUGAGGCCUUGAGGGCCGAAGUGGACACGUUCAUGGAGGCGUAUGACAAGAGGAUAGCUGAGGAGGAGGCCAAGGCCAAGGAGGAGGAAGGGGUUCCGGACGAGGAGGGCUGGGUGAAGGUGACCCGUCGCGGCCGGCGGCCCGUGCUGCCACGGACGGAGGCGGCCAGCCUGCGGGUGCUGGACAGGGAGAGGCGGAAGCGCGCCCGCAAGGAGCUGCUCAACUUUUACGCCUGGCAGCACCGAGAGACCAAGAUGGAGCAUCUAGCCCAGCUGCGUAAGAAGUUCGAGGAGGACAAGCAGAGGAUCGAGCUGAUGCGGGCACAGCGCAAGUUCCGACCCUACUGAGCCGAGCUGGUCCUGGGGCCCCACAGAGAGGGGCGGUGAGCGGUGGCGGUGUGUGGCUGGGAGGACAUGAAGGCCUGGAACACUCGUCCCAGACUGCCCAGGCCUGGGGGCUGCCACACCACCCCCCCCCCCCCCCGAUCUGAGUGCCCACGGUGUGGGGGAGGACAGGACCCCCCCCCCCGGUUCUGAGGCUGCAGCAGUGUGGGGGGCGCAGUGCUGGUGAGGCCUGCCUGGCGGGGGGUACCCACAGGCCGCAGGGAGCCACCAGCCCAGGCCGUGGUUGCUUCCCUCUCCCAGUUUGUCUGUUCCCAGUCUGCCCCAGGCCUUUGGUCUCCAUCUGAGUGUCCGCUGUAUUCUCCCUUCCCCUCCGUGGAAGAGCCCCCGUGGAGAUGGGACAGCCUCAGAAGCAUACAAGCACGUUUUAUUUUUCGUCUGGC